AAACUGCUUUCUCACGAAUGUGCAGAGUAUGUAUCAUCUCCCUUAUUAUUGGUUUGUGGGCUUUCUUGGAAGCAUAAUAUCCAGGAUUAGCAUACUCAGGAGAAUAAUUGAAUUUGAAUAUAAUUAGGAAAGUUCACAGCUCAGGAAAGAUUGGUGAGGAAAUGGUGACAUAGGAAGUUAACUUGAAUUAGUAAUGUUCUUAGUACACAAGACAGAAGCUGAAACCUUAUUUAGGACAGUUUCUGUUAGGACCUGGCUGGAAUAAGUACAUGUGCAUUUCGUCCAGGUGAACAGCCCCAAGUCAUCCGGCAUGAUAGUGCUCAUUUUACUGGCUAUGAGACUAAGCUCAGAAAAUGGAUCUGCUUCCCACACCAAUGUUUGUGCAUAUUUAAGAGAGCAAUGCUUAAGUGAUGCACAUGGAUGCAAACCUGCAUGGAGAAUAAUGGAAGAUGCCUGCAAUGUUUCAGAUCCAGGUGACCCCUGCAAGAUAAGUAAUUUGUCACACUGUAACCUGAGAAUCCAGUCCUUCGUGGACAGCAAUUUCCAGUUUAAAGAGUGUCUCUGCACAGAUGACCUGUACUGUACUGUGAACAAGUUUCUUGGAAAAGAAUGUGUCAAUAAAUCAGAUAACAUGAAUGAGGAUGAUACAUUCAAUUGGAAUAUAACUACUCCUUCCUAUCAUGGAUUCAAUGGGAUCCAGUCCUGUUUGGAAGUGACAGAGGCGUGUGUAGGGGAUGUGGUGUGUAAUGCACAGUUGGCCCCUUACCUUAAAGCAUGCUCAACAAAUGGAGAUCUGUGUGAUGUGAAACACUGCCAAACAGCCAUACGGUUCUUCUAUCAAAAUAUGCCUUUUAACGUUGCCCAGAUGUUGGCUUUUUGUGACUGUGCUCAAUCUGAUAUACCUUGUCAGCAGUCCAAAGAAGCUCUUCACAGCAAGCCAUGUGCAGUGAACAUAAUUCCACCCCCUACUUGCCUCAAUGUAAUUCACAGCUGCCGAAAUGAUGAAUUAUGCAGGAGACGCUAUAGAACAUUUCAGUCCAAAUGCUGGCCUCGGGUAACUGGAAAGUGCCAUGAAGAUGAAACCUGCAUCAGCAUGUUGGGCAAACAGGACCUCACUUGCUCAGGAAGUGAUGACUGCAAAGCAGCGUACUUGGGCACCCUUGGGACUGUUCUUCAAGCACAGUGCACCUGCAGAAGUGUCACACAAAGUGAAGAGUCUUUGUGCAAGAUUUUUGAGCACAUGCUUCAUAGAAAAUCAUGUUUUAAUUACCCAAUGCUGUCUAAUUUCAAGGGCAUUGCAUUGUAUAAAAGAAAACAUGCCAAGGAAAUUACUCUAACUGGAUUUCAUUCCUCCUUCAAUGGGCAAGUCAUCUAUGCUGUGAUGUGCAUGACAGUCACCUGUGGAAUCCUUCUCUUGGUUAUGCUCAAGUUGAGACUGUCCAGAAUAUCAAGUCAAACAAGAGAUUCUCCACCAAUCCAAAUACCUGGAGGAGUCAUCAUUCAUUGAGUCACAGAUCAUUAACAGCCACUUUCUUUAAAGCAAGUCUCUGUAGCCAGUCAAUGGAAUGCUACAACCAUCAUUAUGAUGAAUAUAAGUGCACAUAAAAUUAACUAACUACAUUAAAAUAUGAGAUUAUAGUUAACAGGUUGUUUUAUCUGAUCAGUUUUAUUGGUUUCUAUUAGCUUGACAAAAUGGAAAUGUUAAUAAGAAUACCCAACACAUCUGUGAGCUACAUAGUCUUACCUAUUUUCAAAUCAUUACCUAGAUCAUUAGCAUUAACUUUAAUUGCCUAAAUAUGUUUGGUUAGAUAAGGAGUCUUAAAAGUUAAAAUGAUAUCUUUUUGUUAUUUGAAUAUUUGUGAAUUUUACUUUUUUAAAUUUGAUGUCUUUAUAGCCAUAAAAAUGUAAAACAACUACAUUAGAUGACAAAAGUCAAUGUGUAUUUCAAUA